UUCGCGUUAUAACAACAUGCUUAGCCAUAAAUAUAAGCACAGACCAAUGAUGCUAUAGUGAAUGAGUGCUAUAUAUGAAUGGUGCUAUAUAAAAGUCUGACUGUAUAUUGAUGCAAAGAUCCAACCAACAAACACACUUCCUUUCAAUGGAGAAAUCCUCCUCCUCCACCUCCGCCUCUACCUAUUCGCUAUUAGCAUUUUUAGUAAUAUCUCUUCGCGUUAUAACAACGUGCUUAGCGAUGAAUAUAAGCACGGAUCAAUCUUCUCUUCUGGCGCUAAAAGCGCGCAUCACUUCAGAUCCUAAUAACAUUCUUUCAACAAAUUGGUCUUCUUCAACCACAGUUUGUAAAUGGAUUGGAAUUACUUGUGGUUCUCGUCAUCAACGAGUUACUGUACUGAAUAUUUCAGGUUUAGGGUUUAAUGGUACUAUCCCUCCACAACUUGGAAACCUCUCUUUUCUUGUUUCACUUGAUCUAAGCCACAACUAUUUCCAUGGCGAAUUACCAUCAGAAAUCUCUCAUUUACCAAGAUUGAGAGCCAUUGAUCUUAGUGACAACUACUUAACUGGUCAAAUUCCUUCGUUUUCGGGUGAUAUUCGAAUGUUGUCUCUUGAAAUAAAUAGUUUCAGUGGGUUCAUUCCUUCUUCUAUCUCAAGAAUCAAGAAUCUUGAAUUCUUGAAACUAGGUUACAACAAUUUGGAAGGAAAUAUUCCUAGAGGAAUAGCCACUGAUCUUCAGAGUUUGAAAUUGUUGAGCUUUGGAUUCAAUAAACUCAAUGGCUCAAAUGUGCUAUCUAUAUUCAACAUCUCAUUACUAGAAGAUUUGGAUCUUGAAAAAUCUGGUUUAAGUGGUAAUCUUCCAUCUGAUUUGUGUCGUCGUCUUCCCAGAUUGCGAAAGCUUGAACUUAAUUUUAAUAAGUUAAGAGGACAGAUACCAAGAACCAUUUCUGAAUGCUCACUACUUCAAGUUCUAUCUUUGAUGGAAAAUAACUUAGAUGGAACAAUUCCAAGAGAACUAGGUAACUUAAAGCUGCUGCAAGAUUUAACUCUUGGAAAUAAUACGUUAGAAGGCACAAUUCCAUCUGAGAUUGGUCAUCUUUAUAACUUGAAGUUGUUAGUCAUGGAAAAAAAUAAAUUAAAGGGCCCGAUCCCUUUAACCAUAUUCAACAUUUCAUCACUUGAAUUUUUAUAUAUGAGUGGUAACAUGCUUGAAGGACCUUUACCAAGAGACAUUGGAAAUUUGACUAUGCUUACUGCACUUGAUCUUGGAAAUAAUCACUUGACAGGUGUAAUUCCAGAUGAACUUGGUAACCUUCAAGAGUUGGUGGACCUUUCAUUGUAUUUGAAUAACUUUAGUGGUUCUAUCCCUAUUGGUAUCUUCAAUAUCUCUACUCUUGAAUCUAUUUCACUAUCAGAUAACCACUUUUCAGGUAAUCUUCCUUCAACUAUAGGCCAUGGUUUACCUAAUAUUGAAGGAAUAUUUCUAGGUGAAAACAAUAUUAAUGGUAUUUUACCAAGUUCCAUCUCAAAUUUGUCUAAGCUUACAGCUCUUGAACUAGGUGGAAAUGAACUUACAGGUUCCAUUCCUAAAUCUCUAGUAAACUUAAGACUUCUUGAAGUUCUCCACUUACAAAGCAACUCCUUUAUUGGUGAAACUUCAACAUUGAGCUUCAUUACUCCUUUGAUAAACUUAGUAGAUUUGAGGUUAUCUUUCAAUCCCCUAAAUGCAUUGCUUCCAAAGUCUAUUGGCAAUCUUUCUCUUCAAUGGUUUUCGGCGAUAGGUUGUAAUCUCAAGGGUCAUAUUCCAAAUGAAAUUGGAAAUUUGAUAAAUUUAUCUUCUUUGGAGCUAGAAGAUAAUGACUUUACUGGCAUUGUCCCGACGACGAUAAGUUCUUUGAAAAACCUUCAACAACUUUCACUUGGUGUAAAUAGAAUAAGUGGUCCUUUUCCAAAUGGUUUGUGUGAGCUAUCUAGCUUGUUUUUUCUAAAACUUUCACAAAAUCAAAUGUGGGGAAGUAUUCCUACAUGUUUAGGGGAUUUGACUUCCCUAAGGGAGGUUUAUCUUGAUUCUAAUAACUUCACUUCUAGCAUACCUUCAAGUCUAUGGAAUCUCAAAGACAUCUUGAAGUUGAACUUGUCGUCUAAUUUCUUCAAUGGCUCUCUACCACUAGAAUUUGGAAAUCUCAAGGCUGCAAUACUUCUGGAUCUUUCAUGGAAUCAAUUAUCUGGCAACAUACCAAAUACAUUAGGAACUCUACUGAAAGUGACUCAACUAUAUUUGGCUCAUAACAGAAUUGAAGGAUCAAUUCCUGAGACAUUUGGAAAACUCGUAAAUUUGGAAGCAUUGGAUCUUUCAUAUAACAAUAUGUCUGGUGUGAUUCCAAAGUCAUUAGAGGAACUUAAGCAACUAGACUCCUUUAAUGUCUCGUUCAAUAGGUUACACGGGGAAAUUCCGAGUGGAGGGCCUUUUGUCCAUCUUCCUUUCCAAUCUUUCAUGUCGAAUAAAGGAUUAUGUGGUAACCCUCAAAAGCAUGUCCCCCCUUGUCCUUCUAAUUCAAAGAAAAGAAGAUUGAUAUGGAUUUUAGUUGCCUCUUUGGUUAUCUUUGUAGUAGGGGUUGUUUCAUCAAUAGUUUUCAUAUUGAUGAGACGUCGGGGUAAAACAAUCAAUACUGAAGAUGAGUGGACACCUGAGAUAGCACCACAAAGAAUUUCUUACUAUGAACUUCAAAGAGCAACUCAGAGCUUUGAUGGAAAUAACUUGAUAGGUAGUGGAAGUUUUGGUUCUGUUUACAAAGGGACAUUGGCAGAUGGGAUGAUAGUUGCUAUUAAAGUUUUCAAUGUGCAGAUGGAAGGUACAUUUCAAACUUUUGAUACAGAAUGUGAAAUCUUGCGGAAUCUUCGUCACAGAAAUCUCACCAAGAUCAUAAGCAGUUGUUGUAACUUGGAUUUUAAAGCAUUGAUACUUGAGUACAUGCCAAAUGAGAGCUUAGACAAGUUGCUAUAUUCGCGAGAUUAUUGUUUGAAUAUAAUGCAAAGAUUGAAUAUCAUGGUUGAUGUUGCUUCUGCACUGGAAUAUCUCCAUCAUGGUUACUCAGUACCGGUUAUUCACUGUGAUCUGAAGCCUAGCAACGUGUUACUUGACAAUGACAUGGUGGGACACCUAACUGACUUUGGCAUUGCCAAACUUUUGACUAAGGAAGAAUCUAUUGCUCACACUACAACCUUUGCCACAAUUGGUUACAUUGCUCCAGAGUAUGGUUUGGAAGGCCUUGUAUCCAAGAGGUCUGAUGUUUAUAGUUAUGGUAUCGUGUUGCUGGAAACCUUUAUAAAGAAGAAACCUAAUGAUGAAAUGUUCGCGGGAGAUUUGAAUUUGAGAAGCUACGUGCAUAAUUCGCUUCCAGAUGAGCUGAAUAAAAUCAUAGAUGCCGACUUACUAACACUAGAUGAAGAAAACUUAAGUCAAAAGCUGCAAUGUGUAUCAUCAAUCAUGGAGUUAGCCAUGAAUUGCACCGCUAAUAUUGCAACUGAAAGGAUGAACAUGACUAAUGUUGUAGCAGCAUUGAAAAAGAUCAAACAGAAGCUUUCUUCAUGUUAUCAAACGACCUUACGACAUGACAUCAGGAACCAAUAAACUUCAAAUUCUAGAUCCACCUCUGGUUGUUUGUCGAAUGUUAUUGCUGGAUUCUAUGGUUAUUGGAAGUUAAAGGGAUGAAGGCUCUCAACUACGUCAUACUUAACGAAGUUACUACAAUUUUGGAGACAAAUGUUAUAUAAAACCGUUGAUAGCUUGUGUCCAUUUUCUUUUUCUUGAUGAUCCAUAUUUGUUUUAAGAAUUUAAAACUUUUUACUCCAAUUCUUGCAUAACAAUAAGUGUUUUUCUUUUUCCUUGUUCUUUACUAAUCUAAUAUUAUACAACUCCAUGGCAUGUCAUACUCUGUAUUUCUUGUGUAGCAACAAAGAGCCUUUCCUUUACCUAAUUCUCUCAACAUAUCAACAUCACAAUACCACUACUUUGUUAGCACUAGUGGCCAAGCCAAGAAUUUCGUUAAGAAUGUUU